UUACUCAUCUGACGAAUUUAGGCCACAUAAUCCAAAAGCUAUGUUAAAAAUGAUCAAUGAACACUGAGGAAAAAGUACAACUUCUUUUGAGAGCCGUAUGUGGUCCUGCUCUCUGAUUUACAGCAAGAAAUUAUUGACCUCAAUAUACAUAAUCAGGUGCUUUAAAAGAGUCAGUGUUUUAGAAUUAUUGACCUUGACCCCAAGUCAGAUGUGGCUCAGCAACAUGUUGGGUCUAUUAUUCACAAAAGUAUCAAUGAGCCCGAGGUUCUAGCAUUUGGAGUCUUUUCUGGAAUGUGUUGCCUGUAGGUGGCGUGGCAGCUCCCCCCUGCUGAUUAUAUGAAUUCCCCUACUGCGCUGGACUUCGCUUCAGUGUGUGUCUACUAUGGACCACGGAAGUGAUGACCCUCACAGGACCGAAAGAGAAAGGAAUACCUUCAAGCCAGAGAGUGAUGGGUGACAGAAGCCCCCUGCUCUACAUCCUGGAGGAACCUGGGAUGAGGAGGGAAGAAGAGAGACUUCGAACGUAUCACGGCUGGCCUCCUGAUGCUCCUGUUACAUCUGGAGACCUCGCCAAGGCUGGGUUCUUCUUCCUGGGCCCAGUGGAUACAGUCCAGUGUUUCUGCUGCGGUGGGGUUUUAAGAUGUUGGGUGCACGGAGACAGACCUGCCGUGGAGCACAAGAGGCACUUCCCUGUCUGUGGCUUUAUCUUGGGUCAGGACGUCGGAAAUGUCCCUCUACAGGCCGUAUCUUCGGACCUGGUGGAUGGCCAGCUAUUGACCCACCUCCAGCGGCUGACCAUCGACGAUCAGGGCUCAGGUGUGCAAGCCGUCUACCCAGAGCUGGAGGAUGAGGACUCCCGACUGACCACCUUCCACAACUGGCCCACGGAGGCUUCAGUCCAGCCGGACAUUCUCGCCAGAGCAGGAUUCUUCUACACAGGCCACGCUGACAACGUGAAAUGCUUCUACUGUGAUGGUGGGCUGCGGAACUGGGAGCCAGGCGAUGACCCCUGGCAGGAACAUGCCAAGUGGUUCCCACGGUGUGAGUUCUUAAUCCAGGAGCGGGGACAGGAUUACAUAAGCAACAUUCAAGACACUCACUUCCACGUGGGGGAGACGGUGGUUGAAUCAGAAAGUCCAUCAGGCAGAGACGUUGGCUCAAGAAAUGUUUCAGAUGUGGUUGGAAGCCUGGGAGCUUCGUCGACCAUGCUCUCUCCUGUGGUGCAGACUGUCCUGCAGAUGGGUUUUGAAGUUGGGCUGUUGGAGAGUCUGGUUCAGACCAAGUACCUGUUGACAGGUCAGCACUAUACCAGCGUGUCUGAUCUGGUGUCUGAUGUGCUCCAGGCUGAGGAGGAGGACGGAGGCAGGACGCCACAGGGCAGAGAGGUGAGGCAGGGAUCCAGCACUGCAGGUGUGAAGACACAAAUCUCCACCAAGGAGAAAGUGAAGGACCACAGUCCUGAGGAGCUUCUCAGACAGCUGCAGGAGGAGAGGACCUGCAAAGUGUGUAUGGACAAACUGGUGUCCAUCGUCUUCAUCCCCUGCGGUCAUCUGGUUGUGUGUGGCGACUGCGCAGCCAGUCUGCGCCACUGUCCCAUCUGCAGGGCUGUGAUCAGGGGCAGCGUCCGAGCCUUCAUGUCCUGAGGACGCAGCACCACACUGCUUUUUUACACACUGUAAUGU